UCCCGGGCGCCGGAGGCUGCACGUGGGCUCAGGUUUGGCAACUCUCCGGCCCAGCCAUGGACACGCCGCGGAGGCGCAGCAGGCGCCUGGAAGGACUAAACCCUGAGUCUCCCGAGAAGUCCACCGCAGCUCCACGAGCGCGACGGGCCCUGGUGGAGGUCGAGUCGAACCCUGAAGAAACGAGGGAGCCCGGGUCUCUUCACGGCGCUCUGCAGCCUAUCCCGGAGUCCCCCGAACAGCAGCUGGAGACGAGCCCGGGAUCGCCCAGUCCGCGGCACCCAGGUCACCCGGAUGCUGGCUUGGGGUCCCCCCGGAGGCAGCCAGAGCCGGACCCAGAGUGCCCCCAGGAGAUCUGCUAUCUCCAGGGUCACCAGGAUCCUGGCGUGCGGUCGCCCCGAAGACAGCCACGGCCGAAUCCAGAAUCCCUUCCACUUCAGCCAGAGCCAAACGGCGAAUCACCGAAGUUCUCCCUGGGCCAAGAAGAACCGAGCUCGGAGUUGAUCCAGAGUAAGGAGGAGUUGGCUCCGGGUUGCCCCCGACAUCAGCUGCAGCCGGGCCCAGGAUCUCCUGAGCCUUACCCCGGUCAGCAAGCGCUGGGUCCGGAGCCCUCGCGGCCGCUACAGGAACUGACACCCCAGUCACCAGGCUCCCCGCGGAGUCAGCUUGAGCCGAGUAAGCCGCUUGAGCCGAGUAAGCCACCUGCGGCGGGGGACACCGUGAGAGAUGGCCUCGGGGCAAAGAAGCGAAAAGGCUCUUUGGCUGUGGCUCCCGCGUCCAAGAAAUUGAAGGAGGAGGAGGUUCCUGUAAUUCCGAAGGGGAAGCCCAAGUCAGGGAGAGUGUGGAAGGACCGCUCCAAGAAGAGGUUCUCCCAGAUGGUUCAGGAUAAGCCCCUGCGCUCGUCCUGGCAGCGGAAGAUGCAGGAUCGGCAGGAAAGGAAGCAGGCCAAGGACUUUGCCCGGCACCUGGAGGAGGAGAAGGCGCGGCGCCGGCAGGAGAAGAAGGAGCGCCGGGCCGAGAACCUAAGACGCCGCCUGGAGAAUGAGCGCAAGGCAGAGGUCGUUCAAGUGAUCCGCAACCCAGCAAAGAUCAAGAGGGCGAAGAAGAAGCAGCUGCGCUCCUAUGAGAAGCGGGACACCCUGGCCCUGCUGCAGAAGCAGCCGCCCCAGCGGCCAGCAGCCAAGAGCUGAGCUUGGGACGCCCAGGCCUUCGGUGGCCAGCCACCCUGGCUGUCAGACCGGCACCCUAACGCUGGCUCUGAGACAAGCACCCUACCCCAGGGGGGGCUCAGCGCCUUUGAGAGCUUUUGGGCAGGUCUUUCGGACAAAGAUCCAGAGGGAAGCCUGGGACCUGGCAGCAGCUGGAGGAGGAAAGAAGUUCGGCUUCCUCCCCACCCCCCAAAAAAAACCCAACACCUCAUUUCCCCUCCUUCUCCAAGUGCCUUCAAGCCAAGAGGAGUAAAUUCUAGUUCUUCAGGGAGUUGGUGACUGGAGAGGGACACCCCCAAACGUGGAUGAUCUGUCUUAAGGUCCUGGCUCCAACCCAGGCCAGGAGGCGGCAGUCAGGAAUCCAGCUCGGAUGGGGCUUCUCUCCAGCUGCCUCUUCCUGUGCCAGACUCACGCCCAUCCCAUCUACAGCAGAAGUAUUUAUUCAGCACGGGCACAAUUCGGACAGCGGACAAGUCCCUGCCCCCAAGGAGCUUUCAUUCUGAUGGCAAAACACAAUAAACACAUCAAAUACAUAAGUAUCAGGUGGCAAGUGGGAGCAGGGCCGAGGCGCUGGGGGGAUGUCUGCACAGCCGGCUGAUGUACAUCGGUUCCGGGCGCUUCCAGGGGCCAGGCCUUGCUGGCGCUGGGAGGACAGGGUACAAAGCUCGCCAGCCAGCCCGCAGGGCCAGUCCUGGGGUGGCCUCAGGAGCACUCGCCCCAAGAAACCCAUUCUGCCUCUUCCGCUAACAUUUCACACACACACACACACACACACACACCCGCCAGCAUUUGCCGGCACCCGCUCUGUGCCAGCCCCAGGGAGGCAGAGGUAAAAUGGAGCAGUGUUUGUCCCCAGGUCCAGGGCAGGUAGAAGAGCCAGGCAGGCGGGGUUCAGUAGCAAGUACGAGGAGCCCCUCCAUCUGCAAAGUGGAAGUGACAGCCGCUCUGCCCGUGUGUGGCCGGGAAGUGGCUGCUGCGGAGGUGCUGAGCCCACCCUGCAGCUCCCCCCGCCCGCACAGGUGUCCUGCUCUGGCCUGGGAGGCUGCAGCGCGUAUUCAAACACCAAGGCCAGGCCCCUCUGAGGAGGCCGGUGGCACGGACCCAGCUUUCCCAGACUCCUCUCGUUCCACCUUGUAAGUGCACUUUGGGCAACGCUGGUCAGAGGGCACAGCAGGGGCUCUGAUGCAGCUAUCUCUUAAGUCUGUUGGGGCUGUCGGAUGUCUUUCACUUCUUAAACUCAAUGAGCGUACGACCCUUAGGUAAGCAGGCACCUCACUCUGCUCUUCUGUAAAGAUCGGGGUUAAUAAAACGAGCCCCUCGAGAUUACGGGGUAAAAUGUGUAUGGUGUGAGUAAAUGUGUGUGUGAAGAGGCUGGAGUGGAACCGUGUCCCCAAGCAUUUCCCACAUGGCUAUCCCAAAACUACAUCGGGGGUUUAAUGUCCACCCCACCCCCCAUCGCCAGGUGUCACUGAGCUCCAGGAAAUCCGCUACCCUGGUGGAGAAGUCAUGAGUCAACCUGGGCUGCUCCAGCGUGGUCCGCGGACCACAGGCCCUGACAUCCUGGAAGCUGUCAGAAAGGCCCAUCCAGCCCCGCCGCCCGCGCCACCGGAGCCCGGCUGCACUUCCACAGGCUCGCCAGGGCCACUCAUACAAGUCUGAGUCACGCGGCGUAGCUCCCGUUGUUUCUGAAGAAGGACUCAGUCACCCUGGGUACUUGGAAACGCAGAUCCCUAGACCGGACUCGCCCCUCGGG